GAGAGCCCAGCCCGGCUCUGGCUCCAGGUGGCUCCUGGUCCCUGCAACUGGUGGGCCUUGCACGUGUGUGGCGCAGUCCCCGACACACGUGCCCGGGGGCAGCCGUAUUGGCCAGGUGUGAGGGCGCCGCAGGAACCCCUGUGCACGCUAGCGUGUGCGGCUUUGCGGACACGGUCACUUCGGUUCUGUUUUUGGCUCCUGGUGCGGAGCACCUUUUCUUCCAGCUCCUCUUUUUUGCUUUUUCGAUCUUUAACCUCUGAGCUCAAGAAGUUGAACUCCUGGUGGGUGGCGGAGCCCAUGGACCCCGAGGGCAGCCGCUGCUUAAGGAGCCCCCUGGGCCCGGCCCCGCUCUGGGGCUGCCUGCGGAACCUCCACGCCGAGGGCAGCGUCGCCUCAGGGUCACCCCAUUGCCCGCCGGCCCCGUUCUCCUUCCACCAGAAGCCAGACUUCCCAGCCUCAGCCGCAUACCCCGACUUCUCGGCCUCCUGCCUGGCUGUCACCCCGCACAGCCUGCCCCGAGAGCAGUGCGUCUUCACGGAGCAGCACCCCGCGUUCCCGAGGCUGCCAGACUGGCACCCCCCUGUCCCCGAAUCCUGGCAGAGGCCGCAUCCCAGCCAGGCUGGGGACCCUGGAGAGAUGGAGCCUGUGGAAGGCCCAGGGGAGGACUUUGGGAUGCUGGGGAGCACCGCUGGCGAGGUGGAGAGGACGCUGUCCCGACGGAGGAAAGCGGCAGCAGACCUGCAGGAGCCCGGCAAAAAGUUGGAGGCCAAGGCCCGCAAGGAGAGGACAGCCUUCACCAGGGAGCAGCUGCGUGAGCUGGAGGCCGAGUUCGCACACCACAACUACCUGACGCGCCUGCGAAGAUACGAGAUUGCCAUGAACCUGGACCUCUCCGAGCGCCAGGUCAAAGUGUGGUUCCAGAACCGGAGGAUGAAGUGGAAGCGGGUAAAGGGGGGCCAGCCCGUCUCCCCUCAGGGCCAGGACGCUGAUGACAGGGACUCCCCAACCACCCCAUCUCCGAGUGAGCACAGAGGACAUCACCCCAUGCACCCCAACCUCGGACCAACUCUGGUCCCAGCCUCCCCAGCAGCCCCAGGUCCCACCCAGAGUUUCCCCAUCUGACAGCCCCAGGCCUGGCCUUGGCCCUCGCUUUCCAGGGAACCACGCAGCCCCCACCAAGCUGCACAGAUGGGGAAGCUGCCUCUUGGGUCUCCCGGUUGCCUCCUCCUGUCGCCUUCCUGUCCUAGCCCCUCCAGGCUGGCCACCUGGCCUUCGGGGCAAGGGGCCU